UUCUUCAGCACCAAGCUACUCGCUUUGCUUUUAAUUAUCACAAUGCCUCCUUUGCUAUUCGAUGUGCUAAUUGGAGGUGUGUUCUUAGGAAAGUUAGGAGGUUCCCCUGUUGUCUUUUCUUGUUGAUUAUGCCCUGCCAUUAAAAUCAGGGGACCUUGGGAUCACCUAGCCAGACCCUGGCCCUUAGGCCUCUGUUUAAACACUUCCGCCUCUGACGCAGUCUGUUCUAUCGUAGAGCAGCUCUUGCGGUCAGGCGUUUUUUCCUGAUGUCUGCUUCCAUGAGAUUGGAAGUCAUUGUUUCUUCCUUGUCUUCGGCACCGGGUCCAAACACUUCUGCGUGACGGCCCUUCAGAUACCCAAAGGCAGCUAUCGCACUUCUCUGCCCUUUUCUCCACUCUGAACGCACCUGGCAACUGAACUGGCAAACAUACCUUUUCCUUUUAAGUUUUUCCUUCCCUGCCCCUUUUCACGUGGGGGCUUUGCUUUGGACACGCUUCAGUUUGUCAGUGUCUUCCCUACAGCACCAUGCUCAGAACUGGCCUCAGUGUUCUGGGCACGGUCCGACCAAAGCAGAACACGGACUUCUCUUGAUCUUUGCGUUCUGCCUACUGUGACACAACCUGGGGUUGCUUUGUGUUUAUUGUAUACUGCUACAUUGCGCCGUUGGCUAAUUUUCCGCUUCUGACCCCAAGACAGCCAGAUCUGUUUUACACACAUUGCCACCUGGGAUGAAUUCUCCACUGUGUGUUCAUGCCCUUGAUUUUCCCUACCCAAAUCAAGGACCUUGCAUUUGUUCCCGACCUUCUGCCCAUUUUUUGAGCUUGUCAAGAUUCUCCUGAACAUGAAAGUGCUCUCUUCAAUCUAGUCAGGCAGUCAGAGGAACUUUAUUUUUGGGGUUGACCAGAUUUUGUAGUAAUUAAUGUCUGACUAGAAUAUAUUAAAUGGUCAUGAAUGUGUAUUUUUUGUCAAAAACAUACAUGUUGCUUUGCUGAAGGUCAGUUGAGGCACAUUUCAGUCCACUGCUGUAUCCUGGCUGGGUGGAAUUAGCUGUGAAGCACUAGAUCCUCACCCCACCCCCAAAACUGGCUAGUAGCUGCUCACUCCCGGCUUUAAAACCAUGAACGUAGAUGUUAGUGAUCUGUGCCAAAAUCACUGGGCGUGGCUUAUUUUUGUUUUGUUCCCUCCAGUAAUUAUGGCUAAAUAUGGCAUGAAUGGAAAGAAAGAUGUGCAGCAAUGGGGCACCAACUACAUUAAAGAGGGCUUCACAAAUGAUGAUCUCGAUGACCCCCGGCUGGAGAAGCUAUGGAAUAAGGCCAAAACCUCUGGGAAGUUCUCAGAUGAAGAACUGGAGAAGUUGUGGAAGGAAUUCCAGCACCACAAAGAGAAAGUCCAUGAAUAUAAUAUUCUGCUGGAGACUGUGAGUCGGACAGAAGAUGUCCACAAAAACAUGAUCAACCCAGUGGAAGAAGAGAGCGCAGUCAAGAAAGAGCUGCUGCAUCAGAAGCACUCGGAGCUCAAAGAGAAGCUCUACAGCAUCAACCAAGGCUUUGAGCGCCUGCGCAAAGUCAGCCACCAGGGUUACGAUUCCACCAGCGAAUUCGAAGAACCCCGUGUGAUUGACUUGUGGGAUCUGGCGAAAUCAACUAAUUUUACAGAGAAAGAACUUGAAUCACUUCGGGAAGAACUAAAACAUUUUGAGGCCAAAGUUGAGAAGCACCACCAUUAUCAGAAACAGCUGGAGAUCUCCCACCAGAAAAUGAAGCAUGUGGAAGGAACGGGAGACAAAGAGCACCUCAGCAGGAACAAGGAGAAAUACGUCCUGCUCGAAGAGAAGACGAAAGAGCUGGGAUAUAAGGUCAAGAAACAUUUGCAAGAUUUAUCCAGCAGAAUUUCUAGAGGCCUUCAGCACAACGAACUCUGAAGCUUUCACUGCUUUGCAUACUGGUCAGAAUUCAGUACUGAAAUGUAUAUAUUACUUGAUGUUCUGAUGCAGAUCUUCACUGACAAUUUGGCUUUUUCCCAGUAAUGUUUGUUUCAAUUCCUGAUCCCACCCUGUUGUACUUUUUCAUAGCAGCAGACUUACAAAGUGCCAUGAAUUCUUGCUACGUGGGCUUAAGAGCUCUAUGAAACAGAAACCUUUGAAUGUAAAACAACGUUCAGGACAAGGGUUCCUGGAGAGAAAUAAGAUAAUUGCUGGAAUGUAUGCAGCAGGUUUAGUAUUUUUGUUCCAGGGUUAACCUCCUGGGUUAAUAAAAAUGGAGCCCUGUUAAGA